CUCCUCGAGCGCGCGCUCGCGAUCCAGGAGCGCGAGUACGGCCGCGACCACAAGGAGGUUGCUGGGACGCUGAUGGGCCUCGGGAAUGCGUACGGCUCCCUCGGCGACUACGCGAAGAAGCGCGACCUCCUCGAGCGCGCGCUCGCGAUCUUGGAGCGCGAGUACGGCAGCGAAAACGUGGUGGUGGCCUUGGCGCUGGGGAACCUCGCGAACGCGCACGGCUCCCUCGGCGACUACGUCAAGCAGCGCGACGUCCUCGAGCACGCGCUCGCGAUCUUGGAGCGCAAGUUCGGCCGCGACCACACGACCGUGGCCAGCACGCUGUCGGACCUCGGGGACGCGCACGGCUCCCUCGGCGACAACGCCAAGGCGCGCGAGCUCCUCGAGCGCGCGCUCGCGAUCCAGGAGCGCGAGUACGGCGGCGACCACGUCUAUGUGGCCAGGACGCUGAGGAACCUCGGGAGCGCGUACUACAAACUCGGCGACGCGGCCAAGUCGCGCGACCUCCUCGAGCGCGCGCUCGCCAUCUUCGAGCUCGAGCACGGCAGCGAACACAGCGAAGUAGCCAUCACGCUGACGAAUCUCGGGAGCACGCACAUCGCCCUCGGUGACGCGGCCAAGGCGCGCGACGUCCUCGAGCGCGCGCUCGCGAUCCACGAGCGCGAGUUUGGCCGAGACCACGUGAAAUCGGCCGAAACGCUGAUGAAUCUCUGUGUCGCGCACGGCGAGCUCGGCGAUGCGACGAAGAAGCGUGGCCUCCUCGAGCGCGCGCUCGCGAUC